GGGUCCAAGGCCGCGGUUUCGUUGUGGUGACCCAAGGCGAACCUAUCGCGAGAUUUGCGCAGGAAAGGUUUAUUUAUUUACUCCAUUUAUAUCCCGCCCUUCUCACCCCAGAGGGGGACUCGGAGCGGCCUUUCAGAAAGGCAAGCAAGCAAUUCGAUGCCAUGAACAUGCAUACACACAGUAAAAAUAAACAUAUACAUUUAAACUAAAAUUAAAUAACAUUAAAAACAACUAUUAAAAUCACGUCAUCCAGAAUCAAAAUCCAAGGCCGUUCCAUUAGUAAUUCCAUUAUUCCAUAUACUCAUAUUGCACUAACUUGCUAGCCAAAAGCUUGGUCCCAUAACCAAGUUUUUACUUUCUGGCUGAAAGUCAAGGGGGAAGGGGAUGCAAUAUUUUUGCUGGAGAGGGAGUUCCAUAGCCGAGGGGCCACCACCGAGAAGGCCUUGUCUCUCAUCCCCACCAACCACACUUGCGAAGCCGGUGGGACUGAGAGCAGAACCUCCCCAGAAGAUCUUAAUCUCCAUGGUGGUUAAUAGAGGGAGAUACAUGUUUACAGCCUUUUUAUCAACGUAAGCAGCGAUGUAGAUUGGAUUGUCAAGACGAUAAUCAAAAGAAAUCCAUGUCCAGUUCAAGUGACUUCAGUGACCCAAUUUACAAAGAGAUUUCUCUGACAAAUGGUCAUAUCAAUAGAAUGAGCAGACCUGAACUUAGAGCUAAACUUGCUGAAUUCAAGCUAGAUACUAGAGGAGAAAAGGAUGUAUUAAAGAAAAGGUUGAAAAAUUACUAUAAGAAAGAGAAAUUAAUGCAGAAGCAACCUGCAAAUGCAGAGAAUUAUUAUGAUUACAUUUGUGUUAUUGACUUUGAAGCAACAUGUGAAGAAGGAAAUCAGCUUGAAUUUACACAUGAAAUAAUUGAAUUUCCUAUUGUCUUAAUAAACACCCGGACAUUAGAAAUAGAGGAUACGUUUCAGCAAUAUGUGAAACCAGUGAUUAAUCCACAGCUUUCGGAUUUCUGCAUUAAUCUGACUGGAAUUUCUCAGGAACGUGUAGACAAAGCCGAUGAAUUCCCAAAGGUUCUGCAGUCAGUCAUAGAUUGGAUGAAACAGAAAGAACUAGGAAGCAGAUAUAGCUAUGCCAUAUUAACUGAUGGAUCUUGGGAUAUGAGUAAAUUUUUAAAUAUCCAGUGUCGUGUAAACCGUCUGAGAUAUCCUGCAUUUGCUAAGAAGUGGAUUAAUAUUCGCAAAUCCUAUGGGAAUUUCUACAAGGUUCCUAGAAACCAAACUAAACUAUCAACCAUGCUUGAGAAGCUUGGAAUGGACUAUGAUGGCCGGCCUCACAGUGGACUUGAUGAUUCUAGGAACAUUGCACAAAUAGCAAUUCGUAUGCUCCAGGAUGGAUGUGAGCUCCGGGUGAAUGAGACGUUGUACGAUGGACAGCUGAUGACAGUCCCUUCCUCUGUUCCAAUAGGAGGCGCUCCUGUACCACAGAUGCCUGGGUUUCGAUAGGCUAUAUUUGAGCUAUACUCUAUUAAAGCUCAUAUCCAAGACAAGCAAGGACUUUGGAAGACUAUUUCCAUGGAUUUAAAAUUUUGCCACCAGCAUUUUUAAUGUUUGUCCAUUUUUAUGCCUCUCUCAGUUGGUCAUAAUAAGUCUAAUAUAAGUUAUCCGGGUGGUUGUGAACAUUUUUUAUAAACUAAACUAAGGAAUGAAGCACGGUGUGCCCUUUUGAAAUGUACUAUUUAUGCUUGACUGCCAAACAAAAUGAGCCUUACCAUCUGUUAGUAUCCAAUAACUUUGUUUAUUUGAUGCAACAUCACAGAUUACUUUUGUCCAUCUUUAACCCAAUUAACAAAAAAUUCAUACAGUUAAAAACAGGGUGUUUUUUUCCCAAAAUUGUUUUAGAGUUCUGCCAAGCCAAAAUUAGGCACCUUUUAGACUUAUUAAGUUCAGCUAACACAUAUGAUGUGGUGUGACUUAUUCAGGGCCACUCUACCUCUGUUGUAAAAAUGUAAGAGAAUAGGCGUAUCUCUUUAAUAAUUUAAUAGACAAUGUAGUAAAUGAUUUGGAUGUGAAUAUUUUAUUAGCUCAUUCCUAUGACCAAAAUAACUUCUUACUCUGUUUUGUGUAUGUGUGUAUGAUAACUAUAUUGUUGGAAGAGACUAUAAACUCUUAUUUUGAAGUUUCAGGUCACAUUUUGGAAGUUCUGCCCUAAUUUAAAAAAUCCAGUUUCUAGUAAUACAGAAAAACAUUACAUAUGUAAUAUUUGAAUAUCUUAAUGCAUAGCAUUUGCUUGUGCCGUAAACAGUUGAUUUAGCCUUUUACACUCACUUGUUUAUUAUGUUUUUAUUCUUCCCCUUUUAAAAGAAGAUUAUACCAACCCUAUUUUAUCUAGAGAGCAAGAUAAACAAAGAAAAAGUUGUUGGCUCAGGUCAUCCAAUGAGCUUUGUGUCUGAGUAGCACUUUUAGCAUAGAUUUUCCAUGUCCGCCGUAUUUGUUCUAUGCUUCAGUGUGUAAUAUAGAAUCUUGUCCUGAAUAUUAAGAUAAUGUUACUUGAGUUUUUUUCUAUCUGUAUUUUGAGUUUGGAUUAGGAUUUUAAUCUUGGACAUACUGAUUCACAGCUCAUGUUUAGAUUUAUUGCACUAAUCUAUCUCUUCAGUGUAUCUUAUCAGUAUUCAGGUUACAGGUUUAUGUUCUUUUAUUAAAAUCAUAGAAUAGCUUUCA